CGUUCUUUUCCCCUCUUUUCCCACAUCCUUUCCCUCCCUUUUUUUCUUUUAACCACAUUAAUAACUCCUUUUUCCCCAUGGACCCAUGAGAUCAUCUCUCUCCCCUUCUCCCUCCCUCUCCCUCCCCCUCUCCCUUUCCUCCUCUCUUCCUUCUUCUUCUACACUCCCAUGGCGAAGCAGAGCAAGCCCAAGAAGCCCGAGAACCUCGGAAAGGGGAAGGUCACGCCAGUCCAAGUCGCCUUCAUCGUCGAUCGCUACCUCGCCGACAACAACUACGCCGGCGCCCUCUCCGCCUUCCGAUCCGAAGCCGCCGACCUCUUCUCCAAGACCAAGGGCAAAGAGGUGCCAAAGGGGUUGCUAGGGCUGGGGGAGAUAUUGGACGAGUACAUAUGCUUGAAGGAGCAGAGGGUGUUGGUGGAUCAGGAGAAGCGAAGGGUGGAGACGGCGAUGCAGGGGAUGCAGGAGGUGAUGCGGUCUUAUCACUCUUCGAUCAAUGCGUCUCUGCCUUCGUCGCCGCCUCUUCUGCCUCCGCAGUUUGUGGCAUCAACGCCGACAGGUCCGGCGCUUCCGCCGCUGUACCCGAGUAAUGGGUCUCCUUCUGGUAAUCCCAUAAAUAUGACCCCUGUACUAAGUUACCCACCAAUGGUUAGUAUGGUUCCUCAUAAAGGAGCAGAAGCAAACAACUUACCAACUCCAACAGUUACUUCUUCUUUGGCUAAUAAGAGAAAAGCUUCAAAGUGUGCUCCAAAGGUUCCUCCAGCUCCAAAGAAAUCUUGUACCCAGGCAUCCACAGACACUUCCAUUAAAGGUAGAACAUUGCCCUCGCAAAUGCGAUACACCUGUAACUCAGAAGAGUAUAGGGAGCCAACUAUUCAAUCAAGAGAUAGCACUCAUUCAAUUACCAGAUCUCCAAUUCAAGGAUCAUCUGUUGCGAAGAGCUUAUUCAAGAAACAGCCCGAGUCUCAAGCCGAUUCCUCUCCGAAAACUCCACCGCAGAUGAUUUCUUCUCAAUCAGAUCAAUCAAUUACUCUGAAAAAUACCUCCGUGCACACCAUUGAUAAUGGUUUCUCCCAAGAAUUUGCUUCAUCGAAAUGUUCUUUAAUUUCUUCCGAAACCAUCAUUGUCAGUCCUCUCAAAAGCACUGGUUAUUAUGCUGUUGAGAGGAGUUACCAUAUCACUUCACCCUUCAAACCCAACUUAAAGAAGGUUGGAAAAAGAGAACAUGUAAAGGGGAAACUAGACUUUGAUGAGUCUGAGGCAAUAGCAAAUUCAGAAGAGCCUGUCACAGGGAAGGCUUCUACCUCUUCUAGCGAAGUGGAGACGCAAGAAAUUCUCGACUUUGAUCUUUCUGAGUUUGAUAUCCUUGAUGGGGAUUUUUCCUUCUCUGAACUCCUAAUCGACCUCGACCUUGCUGGUGAAGUCAUUCCCUCUUCAGACAAGCCAUCUCUGAACGUUGAUUCGGUUCCAGGGUCAGAACAUAAUAUAGAGGGUCGAAGUGUGGAAAUGGAUCGUCUUUUGCCUGAUUCUUCCAAGUCAACUAUCACUGAUGCUUUGGAGAACAUUAAUAUUCCAGGUCCUGAAUUGUCUACCUCAAUAAGAGCCAUCACUAAACGCAUCAAAAUUGUUAGUCCUGUUAAAAUUAGAAAAAAAUGCCCAGUGGAACAGAUAGAUUGAGCAGCAAAAGCACAGGUAAUAUGCAUUUAACAUGAUAUCUGACCUUCGCAUGAUUUUAACUUCUAGAUGGAUCUUUUACUGUGGUGUUCCUUAUAUCCAUGUAUCAUUGUAUGCUCUUCAUCUCUUGAUGUAUAGUUAGCGAAUUAUUCGCUCUAAUUCUAAGGUCUAAUUUUAAAAAGAAAAGUUGUGUGUUUCAUGACUGAGUUGCUUUAUGGAAUGACAUGGAUUUUUUUUUUUUUGUUAUUAUUUUUUGAUGCCUCAAUGAUAGAUGAUGCAGUAAAUCUACUUUUAGCUAUUAUAUCAAGCAGGCCAUAUAGAGGAGAUCCUUUUCUUUACUUGUGUAAACAGUUUUUGGCAGCGGGAAUAUAUGUUGAAUUCUCAGUUGUAGUGAUAAUUUUGGAUCUGGGGAUUCAACACAUAAUUAUUUUUGUAGAUUUAUU